GCCUAAAAGAUCGCCAUAGUCCGAGCUAUCAUUGGGUACAGGGGCAAGGUAUCUUCUGGACAAAAGUUGAAGUGUUUGGGUGCUGGCCUGGAGCAAGCAUUUAGCCAUGGAUCCGUCACUUCUCAAGGAAAGGGAUGCCUUUCGGAAGAAAGCGAUGGCCACCCCUGUGGUGGAGACGAAGCCAAAAAAGGCACCAACAAAGCCCAGCGCCAGCGAACCGCCGAAAAAGAAAGCAAAGGUGGGACCGACCCCUGGAGACAUACACAGCCUAAAACUCGUGUCGGGCAGCUCUCAGUACCGGUUCGGCGUGCUUGCCAAGAUCGUGAAGCAUAUGCGCAAGCGCCACCAGGAGGGCAACCUAUACCCUCUGACCAUCGACGAGAUCCUGGACGAGACCAACCAGCUUGACGUGGGCUCCAAGGUCAAACAGUGGCUCGUCACAGAAGCACUUCCCAGCAAUCCCAAGAUCAUGACAACGCCGGAGAACAAGUACCAGUUCAAGCCGCCGUACGACCUGCGCGAUCGCAAGACCAUGCUGAAGUUGUUACGCAAGCACGACCUGAAGGGCUACGGCGGUCUACUGCUUGAGGAUGUCCAGGAGAGCCUGCCCAACUGCGACAGGAUCAUGAAGCAACUGGCGAACGACAUCACCUACAUCGUGCGGCCGCAGGACAAGAAGAAGGUCAUCUUCUACAACGACCGGACGGCGCGGUUCCAGGUGGAUGAGGAGCUGGCCAAGCUGUGGCGCAGCGUGCCGGUGCGCGGCGUCGACGACGAGAAGAUCGAGGAGUACCUCGAGCGCCAGGGCCUGCAGGCCAUGCACGACCACGGCCUCAAGAAGCUGGUGCCGCCCAAGCGAAAGGCCUCGCGCGGCAAGAAGCGCAACAAGGGCCCCAAGGACAACGAUCACCUGAAGGACGUGCUGGAAGUGUACGACGAGAGCUGAGGGCGCCGAGGGCGGCCGGGACGGUAGCGCUGUGACGGGGCUGCGAAGCGGCGGGGGAGGGCAGGAUCGUUGCCCAGUGCGUGUGUUUGCCAGAGGUCGCAGGCGACGUCACUGGAGUCCGCCGCACGCCGCGUUGAGCGACAU